UCAGCAAAAGCGAAGGGAAUUGAAAAAAAAGAGGUUCUUUAGGAAAAACGCAGCUGCUGAAUUGGGAGCACAGGAAGGAAGUGGCCAGCUGCAGCGUGCGUUGGUGGAAGGUCCCCCGCGUGGUGCUGGCGGUUGGAGGCGGUGGAGAGGGACCCGGGGAAGGGCGCCGCACCGGCCCCGGCCGAAGGCAGGAGGAGGUGGCCCGGAGAGGUGAUGAUUUCCAGUGCCUGCAAUUUUUCAAGAAUUUUUAAACAAGACUUCUGGAAGUUAGUAUAAAUAAUAUCCAUUGCUAUAGUGUACUCUUUGAUCACCACUACAAAAGAUUAAAGAUUUACUCCGGUUUGUCAGGUUAGAAGCAAGAUGACUAAGAAACGAAAGCGUCAAGAUGACUUUCAAAAGGUUAAAUUAAAAGUUGGCAAAAAAAAACCAAGAGCAGAUAAUGCAACCAACACCACCUUCAAGACACGUGCCAUCCAUGUUCCAGAGCAACUGAAGAGUGAUGUAUCAUUGCCAACAAAUUACCGCAAACUUAACGUAAAGGAUCUGUUGACGCAGUUACACCAUUAUAGUUCAGGAAUUAAACAGAGUGCUCUUAAUGGCCUCAAAGAUCUUGUAUCCCAGCAUCCAUCAGUGAUUGCAUCUCAUCUCUCUAAUAUUCUCAGUGAUUUAGCAGCCUUAUUCACAGACAAAGACUCCACAGUUAGAUCAGUGGCUAUCCAGCUUUUACAUUUUCUUGCUCCUAAAAUUUCCAGUGAUCAGAUGGCUCCUUUUUUCCCUUUGGUUAGUGCACAUCUCUCCAGUGCAAUGACUCAUAUUCUUGAAGGGAUACAGGAAGAUGCCUUGAAAAUAUUAGAUAUUUUGUUGGAACAUUAUCCUGAGCUUCUUACAGACUGUUGCAGCAUCCUAUUGAAGAAUUUUCUGGAGCUCAUUUCACAUCAGAGAUUGUCAAAGGAAUUGAAAACUGGAGGGAAAAUGAAUUCUUGGAUGCUGUCUGUCAACCCUAACCGCCGGAUUACUUCUCAGCUAUGGCGGCUUAAUGUACUGAGCAGAUUGAGAAAAUUUCUGCAGGCAGUUGUUGAGGGUUCAAACCAGUCAGUGGAAAGUGAAGCUACUUUUGAGAGUGACAUCAGGACUGGGUCUGAACAUGUGACCACAUUACAAGUCAAUUGGGAGAAUUAUGCAACUGGACAACAGCAUAUACAAUUGUAUGAGCACUCUGGAUCCCAGCCUACGACAGUAAUUCCAUUUCGGCUAAGACCCUCACAUGGUGCCGAAGAAGGUUUGUCUUCAAUGGAGAAUCUGAAAGGUUUCAUUCAAAUUCUAGUACCCCUUCUAUUGGAAUGUUGGGUGGAAGCUUCUCCUGCUCAGCUUGCUGGCCCUACACCAGGUAGUCUACUUGAACCAGAAGCCUUGCAGCUUAAGCUGCAGGUCCUUAGCAUCAUCCAACUGUUGUGGAAGUUAAUAAAGCACCACGAUGAGACUGAGAAACUGGAAUUCUGGCUACGAAAUCACUAUCUUUGUGAUUUUAAAGAUCAUUUCAUCAGACAUUUUCCUUAUUCUGUGUUGGAGACACCCAGACACAGAAAGAAAGAUUGGGAUAAAAAGGAUAAACAAGGAGCAACAUUGAUGAACAAUGCAGACCAUUCUCUUGCAUUGAAUCUGGCACUGUGUCAGGUCAUGGUGUCACUUACCAAUUCUUUAACUGUCCAUCAGGAUUCUGAUUGGUUAGAGCAAAUUCGAAAAUUUGUGACAGAAAAUUUAUCAGAUGGCAGGAAACUGACCUGCCAACAGCUGAGUGGUAUGCUGAUGUUGGUGUGGAGGCUUGUAUUGAUACAGCACAACAGAGCUUCUACAGAGGAAUUGUUGAGGGCAGUUUACACACAGUAUCAGCAACAGGGUCUUGCUCUUUCUGUUCGCACCAUGUUGAUCAAUUUCUUUAGCGGUCUUUAUUUGAGAGAGAAAACAUCCAGUCUUCCGAUUGCUAGAAGUAAGGUGCUAUCGCGUUGGCUGGCUGGAUUGCCAUUACAACUAGCACAACUCGGUUCAAAGAAUCCACUGCUUUCGGCACAACUUAUUGAUGUAAUACAUGUGGCAGCUGCCCGUUCAAACAAAGACCUACUUCAGAGCCUUCAGAGUAAUGUCUACAGAUUAUAUGAUCCACAAGAUGGCACUUUGGUGCUCCUUCCAUCUGAAACUCAACAUUCUUUGGUGCAACUUGUAUACUUCUUGCCACGUAUUUCAUCGGAGUUACUGUCCUGUUUAAGUCGCUGCUGUACUAUGGGAAGGUUAUCCUCCAAACUUGCCAUUAAUCUAAUCCGAAUACUACACACAAGAUCCUCUUUUGGUGGAUGGGGUCCUUCACUUCCCAGCAGCUUGGUCACUGAUGUGGAUUACUUCAGUUUUCUAUUUUCUACAUUGACAGGAUUCUCGGGAGAAGAACUGACUUGGCUUCAGAAUAGCAGCACUAAUCCUCAUAUAAGCCAGUCCCAGUUUUCAUCAAUCCGUCUUUAUGUGACUGAUCUAGACCAGUUUGUCCAUCACUGGGAGUUAACUGAGGUGGUAUGUCAAUGCUUAUCAGCAAUACCUUCCAGAAUCCAGUGCUGUGAUAUCCUGCAAAGUGCCAUCUGCAAACAUCUGGUGGGUGUAAGUCUUUUGCCAGACAGUACAGCAGGGUCAAUCCUAAAAACUGUUGGCCAGCUCAUAGAUCCAGCAUUUAUUCCUAAUGAGUCUUUGUUGAACUUCCUUGUCGGGAGUUGCUACAGCCUUCUUUAUUUCAUCCUAACUUUGGAAAGGAAUAACAGAGGAAAUGCACAGAAAAGAGAAUUGCUGUGGGGAUCGUGCCUAACAGCACUGGCCCGCAUUCCACGCUUGCUUCGACUGUUGCUGCAGAGUCUGCGAGUAAAUGGUACCUGCCAGGGGGAGCUUCCUGUUGUUGCACAGAUCCUUCGUCUUCUACUUCAGCAAACCCAGCUUAGGCAACACAUGGUGGCAAAUGCAGCAAUGGUGCAACAGGUCAUACAGGAUAUCACGAACUUCAAGACUGAUGAUUUCCAAGAGCAAUGGUUAACUGAUCUCCAUUACUGCUUCAGAAUCUACCUUGCAGCCAGUUUCCCAGUGACCUAUUAAAGAAUGAUAUCCAGGAGAAUUAUAAUACCAACUCUUUAAGAAGUGCUUGCAUAAAACAAAAGAUGGGUAUGGAGGAUCUACAUCUCUAUAGUUAUAGAACAAAGUUUACAGAUACAGAAUAAGAUGAAAGUUUUGUAUGCUGAGUCGUUCUUUGGGAUAAGUAUGUUUAGCUUGAAAUCCCUGAGGAUAAGAAGUUAAACAUGUCCAUUGGACAAGGAUGAUGUAAUAGGUAUCAAGAGUAAUACACUCCUCAUUUUGUUGGAUAAUUUCCUAGAAAUUUGCAUGUACCCAACAUAUUUGCAGGGAAUCUGUGUAAAAUAAUAACCUUUCAAGGUUGUACUCAGUGAAAGUCUAAGAUUUUAAUAAAUUUGUAGAUGUCUUAUUCCAGUUUCUUAACCAAUUACACAUAUGCCUAAUGCUGUACAGCUAUGUUCAAAUUAGCUUUUGUUUUCACCAUAAAAUUUUAUGGUUAAGAAAAUACUCCAUACUUUUUUGUGUGCAGCUUUUUUUUAAAACUAAAUUUUCAAACAUCACCCUUAAUUAUGUAUCCUUCCUAUCAAUCAAAAACAACUCUGAGAUUUGUUAGUUUUUGUUUGUAA